ACAACCCGGAAGUUACAGUUUACGAGCUGGUUUGUGUUUUCAAAUUUUAUUUAGCAUCAAACGUGUCUCUGAAAAGGCGUUUUCAUGUAGUUGCGGUGCAGACAUGCCCCGUUACUGCGCUGUGAAAGUCUGCAGAAACCGCGGGGGGAGUUCAUCCAGACAAGACAACAAGAGGAUAAGCUUCUACCCGUUUCCGUUGCAGGAUCGGUCCAGGCUGCAGAGAUGGGUGGACAACAUGCAGCGGGAGGAGUGGACUCCGAGCCGACACCAGUAUCUGUGCAGCGAACACUUCACAGAGGACUGCUUCGAUAUCCGAUGGGGCAUCCGCUACCUGAAGAACACGGCCGUCCCCACCGUCUUCCCCUCCGCUCAGGACGAUGAAGAGAAGAAAGUUUCCAGCAUGAAGAGAAGCCCAAAGGCCAGAGCCGGGACCUCAGACACUGACACUGACUCUCCUCUCAGCACGAGGCCGCUCAUUCUGAGCAGAACGUGCAAAAAGGUUGAGUCGAGCAGAGCAAACAGGACCGAUGACCAACACACAGAGCUGAUAUUUGAAGCACCUCUGGCCUCAGACACUGUCUUCUCCUGUCAGUCAGACCUAUCAGAGACACAGACUCCUGCUGCUGAGACUCCAGGGGACAGCGGGGGGCCACCAGCCUCCUGCCUCACACUCUCCCCGUGUGAUGAAGCCCCUUCUGAGGACUCCGUGGUGACCCUGCUGUGCUGUGAGUCACUGGGACCUUUCUCUGACGGAGAGGAUCGCGUGGAUGCAGCGCUCGGCCAGGCGUUCGGCUUCGUCUCCGUGGAAAUGGUCAAAGACGAACCCACGGCCUGCUUCUUAGAGGAGAGACCCGGAGAGGGAGAACACACUUCUGUUUACGAGCAUUCUUACUGCAGACCGGACACGGACAGAGACCAGCUGUGGAGGAAGAUCUUGAGUUUGCAUGCAAAGAUCUUGGAGCUGGAUCGAAGGGAGGAGAGCACCGUGGCAAAGAUCCGAGCUCUGGAGUCUGAGGUGGCCCUCCUGAAGAGAGACGGGGCGGUUUUUAAAGAGAAGCAGAAAGUUUUAGAAGGUUAUAUUUCAUCCAUGGUGCUCUAACUUUGCAAAUGUAUGAACUCUGGAAUGAGAUUAUUCAAAUCAAAUCAAACUUUAUUUAUAUAGCGCUUUUCACACAUAAAAAUGCAACACAAAGUGCUUUACAAAAAAUAAGAAUAAAAACAGACAAUAAA